AUGUCAAGUAGUGGCAACUGGUGUUUAAUAGAAAGCGAUCCUGGAGUAUUCACUGAACUUAUUAGAGGUUUCGGUGUAGAAAGUUUGGAAUGCGAAGAAGUUUAUGAUCUGACAGAAACAAGCAACGUGUCUGACGCACUUGGGUUUAUUUUCCUAUUUAACUACGAUGACAAACAAGAUAAUGUUGGAAAAGUGGUAACUGACGCAAAUAACAGGGGCAUAUUUUUUGCGAAACAAACAAUUUCAAAUGCUUGUGCGACUCAAGCAAUUAUUAAUAUCUUGCUAAAUAUUGAUGACAAAGUUCCCAUUGGUCCAACGUUGUCUGAUUUCAAGUCUUUUGUGUCAGACUUUGACAGUACAAUGAAGGGUACUGCUAUAAGCAAUUCUGACCAAAUUAGAGUCGUACAUAACAGCUUUAGCAAUUAUCAGUUAUUCGAGUUUGAUGAGAAGACCCCUAAGUCAAAUGAAGACGUUUACCAUUUUGUUGGUUAUGUUCCUAUUAAUGGUACUUUGUACGAAUUAGAUGGCUUAAAACCCGGCCCUGUUGAUCACGGAAAACUACCUGAAAAUUCAUCUUGGAUAGAUUCGGCUCGUCCGUUGCUAAUGAAGCGUAUGGAGAAAUGUGUAGACGGAAAGUUCAAUAUAAUGGCAGUAGUCCCUAAUCGACUUGCUAUGUACGAAAAACAGUUGGCACAAUAUAAAAAGGACUCAAGUGAUCCAGAAUCUGUCUACAUAACAGAACUAAUGAACAAUAUCGCCAGUGAAAAGAAGAAAAUUGCAGCGUAUCGCGCAGAAAAUAUUCGUCGUCGACACAACUAUUUGCCACUUAUCGUGGAGCUUCUCAAGAUGCUGGGUGAAAACGGCCAACUGACUAGUCUGGUUGAAAAAGCUCAAAAGGUUGCUCAAGAACGAAGUGCUCUACACCCAUCAAAUGCUGCGAAGAAAGUGAAAUUUGUCUAA